ACCGUACCGGCAUCGGAAGGUUUUAACUGAGGGACCGAUCUCGAUGGUCCAAAAUGACAGCAGAAAGUGAGGGCACAUUUUCGAAAGUCACCGACCUUACUGAUGCUAAUGUUGUGACCGACGAUGAGAACAAAUUGAUAUUCAUAAAAGGUGGCGCAUUCCUUACCACUGUGGCUGUAGCUGGCAUGGUCGCAGGGUUUGGCACGACCUUGUCCAUGGCGAAGAAGAAAAGUCCAGAAUGGUUUAGUAAGGGUGCGACAGCCACUGCAGCAGUGCCCCAGAGUGGUGCAUCCUUGGCACUGCGGGCCCUGGGCUGGGGGUCUCUGUACGCCUGGUGUGGGGUGGGCCUGCUCAGUUUCACCGUUUGGAAGGCUUUGGGAGUCCACAGCUUGACAGAGUUCCGACAGAAGAUGCAAUCCAUAUUCCCAGCUAUUCCCAAAAAGGAGGAAGCGGAAGCCAACCCAGAGCCCGAUUGGGAGUCACUGUUCCAGUCCAAGUGAGAAGAUAAGGCCUUCACCCCAGGGCUGGGGGAUGGUGUUAGAUAAAGACAAUGAGAACAUCAGUAACUGUCCAGCUGAUGGAAUGACACUGCCUGUCUGGAUGUGGAGGCCCCAUACUGAGAGGACAGUGCCCCCUAGCUGUACCUGUUGCACAGUGAAACCCUGGUGCUGGCUAGUGGUCCUGUCAGCUACCAUUUGGUUGAAUCUGGUUGUGAGACUAUUUUGUCAUUUGGUCAUUUUCUUAUAUGAAAAGACAAAUUCAAUGAAGAUCUCCAUGGAAUUUUUUUUUUUUUUGUCUAGGACGAGGCUUAAUUUGUUUGAGAAACCAGCCCAAUAUGGUAUUUUCAGACCAAGCUUGACAUUGGGGAGGGCCUACGAGGUGCAAUGUUGAAGUGACUCGUCUUAGCUGUGGUAGACAGUCAAUUGAGAGCUAUUAUAUAUCCAUAUUUAAUUUGUACAGUUUUGCUACUUUUGUUUGUGUAGCUAAAUGGGGGAGAAAGGGGGCUCCUUUUUUGUGUGUGACAUCGAUGCUGUGCUGAACAGGUGCAGUGAUAUAAUUAGCAUCAGUGAAUGUACUCAAAAGAUGAGUGUUAUGAGUCAAAGGAGCUGGUAUAUUUUUGGGCCUGAAUGUGGGGGAUUGAAACAUUCAUUGUGUUCAAAUUCUGCAUGUCACGUCACCUUAGUUCACCUGUAGUAUCCAUUUUUCUUGAUUCACUGUACUGUCAUUAAAAUGUACACUCUCCAGUCAA